AUGACAGCGAUGUCGCAGGAGGAAAUGGUAACGGGGGCAAGAACGGUGGCCGCCGGGCUCGAGGCUCUGAAGGCGGAACACGCGCAGCUACUGGCGGGGCUGGCUGCCAACACGGAGCAUGAUGAGAAGGUGGCCCUCGUGAGGAAGAGCAUCGACGCCAUCGAGCUAGGGCUGGGAGAGGCACAGGUGAUGAUGGCGUUGGCGUCCUAUCACCAAUCAGUUGAAGCUGAGAAACAGAAACUCCGCACACAAGUACGCAGACUAUGCCAAGAGAAUGCCUGGCUCAGGGAUGAGUUAGCAGCCGCUCAGCAACGGUUGCAGGCGUCUGAGCAAAGAGUUUCACAGCUGGAAGAGGAAAAUAAACACCUGGACUUCAUGGCUUCUAUACGUAAAUACGACAGCGACAUAACCGAAGAAUCGGAAUCUAGUCGCGGCGGACAGACAGACGGAAAGAGAGACGACCCUAUGGUGGAUCUAUUCCCCGACGAAGAUCACGACGACAACAGAAACAAUAAGUCGAUGUCGCCGACCCCGCCGUCUCAAUUCGCUCAGCAGAUCAACGCUGGGUAUGAAAUCCCAGCACGUCUUCGCACGCUACACAACUUGGUCAUACAAUAUGCGUCCCAGGGCCGCUACGAAGUGGCCGUGCCUCUCUGUAAACAAGCGCUCGAGGAUCUUGAGAAGACUUCCGGUCACGAUCACCCGGAUGUAGCCACUAUGUUGAAUAUACUCGCUCUAGUAUACCGCGAUCAGAAUAAAUACAAAGAGGCAGCGAACUUGUUGAACGACGCUCUGUCUAUUAGAGAGAAAACGCUGGGGGAGAAUCACCCCGCCGUGGCCGCUACACUCAACAACCUGGCUGUCCUGUAUGGGAAACGAGGCAAGUACCGUGAAGCCGAGCCCCUGUGUAAGCGCGCCCUGUGUAUCCGCGAGGCCGUGCUAGGAAGAGACCACCCGGACGUCGCUAAACAACUAAAUAACCUGGCGUUGCUCUGUCAGAAUCAGGUGAAUAUAUUAUAUACUAUAACAUACAUUAUAUAUCAAUACUAUCAGCGGGCACUUGAAAUAUAUGAAAGUAAAUUAGGUCCGGAUGAUCCCAACGUAGCCAAGACUAAGAACAACCUCGCCUCGUGCUAUCUGAAACAGGGCAAAUACAAGGAAGCUGAAACGUUAUACAAGCAGGUAUUGACACGCGCACACGAGAGGGAGUUUGGAACUAUUGACGGUGACAAUAAACCGAUUUGGCAAGUCGCUGAGGAGAGGGAGGAAAAUAAACAUCUGCAAAAGGAAAAUGCGCCCUACGGCGAAUAUGGAGGCUGGCAUAAAGCGGCUAAGGUCGACUCGCCAACCGUAACCACCACGCUCAAGAAUCUGGGCGCCUUGUACAGGAGACAGGGCAAGUAUGAGGCCGCGGAGACGCUGGAGGACUGCGCGCUGAGGACCAGGAAGGAGGCUUUGGACAUCGUGAAACAGUCGCGCGCGAGGAGCGGGCGGCGCGAGGCGGAGAGGGACACCGAUGAGGCGACGAACCAAGCGAGUGAGCCGCGCAUGAAUCUUAAGUCGAAACUGUUUAAUGCUCUAGGCAUUAAUACGGGGAGCGCGCCUCACCAAUAG